CUCCCAGACGGGGUGAACGUGUCCAAGGAGGCUCGCCGAGCCAUCUCGCAGGCGGCCAGCGUCUUCGUCCUGUACGCCACCUCCUGUGCGAAUAACUUCGCCAUGAAGGCCAAAAGGAAAACUCUGAAUGCAGGAGACGUGCUGGCUGCCAUGGAGGAGAUGGAGUUCCAGCGCUUCAUGGAGCCUCUGAGAGAAGCUCUGGAAGUCUACAAAAAGGACCAGAAGGGAAAGAAGGAGGUUUCUGAGCAGAAACGCAAAGACAAAGAGAAAAAGAUCGACACUGACAGCAGCAAGUGUAGAGAGGAGGAGGAGCCUGAGGAGGAGGAGGAGGAGCAGCAGAGGAUGGAGGAGGAGCCUGAGGAAGAAGAGGAGGAGGUGGAGAACUAGAGCUCUGGACUCUGAUACCUCCUCUGGACCAGGUCCUCCUGAGGACGACUGCUGACCGGAGUCCUUCAGCUGCUUGAGGCUCUGCUUCAUCACCACCUGUUCCUCACCUGACAGACGUGAUGAAGCUCCUCCCCCUCACCUGAACUCUGUUACAUCCAAACAUCUUUUUCUUCAAAUAAACCAAGAGAUGCUGCAGAAACAGCUCCUCUGAUUUGGUGAGUCAAUAAAAACCUGAAGCUUUGUGUUAAAAGAAAAUAAACAAUGAAGGUGCUGAAGAUUCAGAUUUAAGUUAAUAUGUACAAUAAUUACUUCAUGUCACUUUGUCUUUUUUAAUUAUUUGUACUUUUAUAAACUUGUACAUGACUGGGAACUUUGAAUAAAUCGUUUUGUAUAAAAGA